AUGGAAGCCAGCUGGGAAUUGCCUACUCUGAGGGGCACCAUCCGACUAGGCGGCCAAACAAAGUCUAAGCUUAGCUCCACCCAAUUCUACGACGUCGACUUCUAUCCUUACACUGCACCCGGUCUGGAUCCCGUUUUCGCUGUCUGUGGCGGCCCGUUUACUAUUGUCUGUCGAUGCGUUCUCGACAAGAAUGGCACCAUCGAGAUCUUGCGCUGGUUUGAAGAUGAGGAAACCACUGCAGAAAAUGGUUCAACGAAUCCCAAGACGCUGAUAGGCCAUGGCGAUUCCGUCAACGACCUUGCCAUAUCCCCGGUCGAUCCCACCAUCAUCGCAUCAGUCAGCAUUGACCACAGCCUCCGCUUGUGGAGCCUGCACCCUUCGCAUGAGAAGCAACCGCUUGGGGCCGUAUGCUACGGCCAAGGCCACAAAGAUCAGAUCUUGACCCUAUCAUAUCACCCCAAAGGAAAAUACAUCCUCACUGCGGGUAUGGAUACCAAGAUCAAUCUAUGGGCUGUCCCGGAUGAUCUCAAAGAGCAUACCGGAACCGAUAAGCCGGUAAUGGUGCAUUACCCGCAUUUUUCCACCACUGAAAUCCAUACCGAUUUUAUAGACUGCAUCCAAUGGUACAAUGAUCUGGUUUUUAGCCAUGCAUGCCGAGAAGGCAAAAUCAUCCUCUGGAGUAUCGACCACUUCAGCUCAGACCGUACCGUUACGCCUGCUGCACCUAUUCCGACAUCAAGCGCAGUCAACAGUCGCACACCAGUCACGAUAUCAGCUAAUCAGACAUCAAACACACGGUCAGCAUGGGGUGGUCGCUUCCAGCGGCUGCUCCAAUUUGAUUUGCCAUAUACUAAUCAAUUCUACAUUCGCUUCUCCCUUUUCCACGAACUCGGCCACCAUCCCAUCCUGGUUGCGGGCAAUGAAAAGAGCAAGACAUUUUUCUGGGACCUUCAACGCCUUGAAAACUCUGGAACAGGAGAAUCAAAUACAGGAGACGAUAAGUUCUAUGCCGGAAAAGAAGUACCGCUGGGUCUUCCCCGACAUGUUCGAGAGGGCAGCUCGGCCUCGACCGCCUCCUCAGCCAUUAGCGCCGGCUCCGGGAACACUAAAAUGAAGCAAAAGAAAGUAAAGGAGGUUGUUCGUGAUAGAGGCAUAUCCGAUCCCUUCCGCUCCAUCAAAGCACACAAGAUUGUGGAGACACCAAAGUACAAAGCUUUCGCUUUUCGCCAUUUUUCAUGGAGCCGUGACGGCCAGUGGUGUGUUGCUGUAGGCGAUUGUGGCACAAUCAAUGUCUUCAGCCGUUGGGAAAAAGGCGUGCCACCAAUGAACCCUGACCAGGAGAUACCAGCACCAGAUGAACCAAACAUUAGUCAGUGA